GUUUCUAACAAUCCUAGUGCCAGUGCUGUCCUGUUUCUACAAGUGACAAUGACAAAUAUGAGCCUGAAGGAAGAUGAGCUGAUGGCAUUCCCAGCUUAUUACGACUCCUUGGGGGGCCUUAUCUUACAUACAUGGAUUCAAUUCAUAGACUUAGCUGGGAUUUACUGCCUCAAGAUGGCUAUGUUGGAAGAUUCCAAUAGUUCUACUGGAUGUAGAGCCAGAAAUUGUGUGGGAAUGCCUGGUGUUUCUUUCAGUUCUUCUUGGAUACCAAUCUGAGGCAGGAAAUGACUACAUUUGAAAGAAAACUUCAAGAUCAAGAUAAAAGCAAAGAAGUUUCAUCCAUUUCUAAUCAGGAAAAUGAGAAUGGCAGUGGUUCUGAAGAAGUGUGCUACACUGUCAUUAAUCACAUCCCCCAUCGGAGAUCUUCCCUGAGCUCCAAUGAUGAUGGCUAUGAGAACAUUGACUCCCUCACAAGGAAAGUGAAAGAAUUUAGAGAAAGGUCAGAGACAGAAUAUGCCCUUCUUAGGACUUCUGUUAGUAGGCCUUAUUCCUGCACCCAUGAGCAUGAUUACGAAGUUGUGCUUCCACACUGAAACCCUCAAGCCGCUUUAUCACCUUGCAGCAAUGAAGAUGAUGCAGAACAGCAGACUCUGGAGAAGUUCUUCACCCUGAGCAGUGCAUGAAACAUGCCUUUCUGGCUAAAGUGUAGAAAUAUUAUCUUAUUAUAUAUCCUUAGGCAACUCUGAAAUGUGGCAUCUCUGUGGUUUAGGUGGAAUCAUAGAAAUUGAAACAAUGAUCUAAAAUAUUCUGUGUUUUUGCUUGUAAAGUUUGAGGACAUGGAGGUGAUAAAAAAAACUUUCUUAGGACAAUAAUGUAAAAUGAAAAUAAAUUCCUAAUCCCCCUGACUAACUGAAUGGACCCCCUUCUGGGCCAAGGAGACCUCAGAUGAUCUUGAAAGACUGAAUUCUGGCCAUGAUAGGAAGAGAGGUGAGACACACCUUGUUAUACCCCUUCCCUUUUGGAGUUUAGGCACAAGUGACCAGGAUGAGUCAUAAGACUGAUGAAACAGACUGUGGCAAUAAGAGUCCCAGUUCCAACCUGACUCUGGUGUAGAUCACACGCUGUCUGAGGGAUUCCAUCUAUGAGACUUUGUCUACGUAACAAAGACCUUGGUUUCCACAACCCCUUUAUUUUAGCUAAAGCAUUCUUUUCUACUGACUUCUUAAGUCUUUAGACAAAGCUUAACUCUUUCAACCAAUUGCCAAUCAGAAAAUAUUUGAAUCUACCUAUGACCUGUAAGCUCUCUCCUGCUUCAAGGUCUUGCCUCUUUAAGCUGAACCAAUGUGCACUUUCCAUGUAUUGAUUUAUGUCUUUGCUUGUAACUCCUGUCUCCCUAAAAUGUAUAAAACUCAACGGUGACCUGACCACCUCAGGCACACUUUCUCAGGACCUCCUGAGAGUGUACCCCAGGCCAUGGUAACUCAUAUUGGCUCAGAAUCAACCUCUUUAAAUAUACCCAAUACAUCUCCACAAAUAAAUGUCCAAGAAUCUUCAGUUCCAACCCUGCUCACCAAAGUUCAAAUGCCAACAUCUCCCCAUCCAAUUACCUAUUUCAUUUUUGAGGUGUAAUCUACUCAAUAAACUGUAUAAGACCAGUGAGCAGACCCUUUGCUAACCUGAUAUUUACUUCAAUUUUUCUUUUUCUAUGUACUGGAGAUUUUUGCUUAUAAACUUACAGUAAUAGUUCAAAAAUUAAUAGUUUUUGACAUUGGCUUUUCUGAGAAGAAAAUUG